AUGGACAAUCAGGCAGCAAAUUCACGUUUAAACACGACAUCGGGUCAGUCAAAUACACUGAUUGACAGCUCAAUGUUAUCAAAUUACGGAGCUGAUAACAGUGGCCUGUUACUAGGAUUACAGUCAAGCAUGGAUUCCAAUUAUUUUCAAGACCUGAGCAAGAAUCAGCUGGCUAAGUUUUGGCAGUCCUCUCCCAUGGGUAACUAUUUGCAAACACCAAAUUUCAUGCCUCCUUCUGUGAACAACCGAAACAGCGUAUUGGGAAGUUCAGAUAUGAGCUUAGGUCAAACGAAUCCCUUGGUGCCGUCUUUGUCUACAUUACAGUUACAGCCUCAAGGUAUCACAGAUAUGCAGAAUGGGGGGUCUAUUAGCAGAGCCAACACGAACAAUGCUUCAAACAAAUAUCCUUUGAGGUCUUCUACAAAAGGCUCUAUGAACAUUAAUGCUCCAAGCUACAUUCCAAAUUAUGCUGAUUCACAACAUUAUAACACCAGAGGGAACAAUUUGGUAUCUCAAAAUUCGACCGAUUUGCAACAAUUUGAUCUCGAUAAGUCCCCGCUAUCGAAUACCAUAUCUGCAAAAAACCAUUAUGGGAACUAUACCUAUGCGAAGAGUAAUGGUAAUGUCAAUUUCGAAUCUAAUAUAAAUUCCCAGCUUGAAGAAAGAUCCAGCUUGGGAAAUUAUAGACUCAGCAACAACAAUUCUGCCCCCAACGGAAGAACAGAUAACGACGAAUCCAGCGAUGAUGCUCGAAAGUUAAAGGUAGAGAUCAUGGUGAAAAAUCAGAUCAUAAAAAGCUUGACCGAUCAACUUAAUACAGCUAACUUUGUAAAAUCGAAGAACUUGGAAAGUUUAGGACGGAAGUCAUCAUCAUCAGGAACAAUGAAAAUUCCAAAUAAUUUUUAUCAGUUAUUCAAAGAUUUGACAAGGACUCUUAUGGAGAAGACACAAGAGUUGGAUGAGACGAAACAACGCUUAGAAGCCAUUUUAGUUAGUAUAACUAUUAACAAUUCUUCUAAUAAUCAUUUUACGGCAAAUGGAAACUAUGACGAGCAAGAAAUUGCUCACAAGAUUGUCAAUAAGUUAUCACUUUUACAAAAUGAAAAUGAGAACUUGUUGAAAAUGAUCAGCUUCAGCAAUAAAUCAAGUUUAAUGAUUGAACUAGGGCUAUUGAAAAAUGAAAAUAAACUAUUGAAAGAGAAAUUGGGUAAGCUUGAGCAAAGCAAAUGA